CAACCUUAGCACUAUCUUCACUAAUAAGAACAAUGUAUAGAAUAAAGAGCGCUUUCGAUAAAGUCAGCAAUAGACUGCAAUCGUUCGCAUCAGAAGAAGAACAAGCGUGGGGCAAGACUCAGAAUGAGGGCCCACGACAGGGACGCAUCGCAUGGCCUCCAAAGCUCGUGUGUCCACCAAAAGUUCUCGGAGAAGUGAUCGACACGUCGGGGCGCCGUUAUCCUCGAGAUAUCGGUCGCUCCGUUCAGCUCGGAGGUCGUAUGUACUACAUGUUUGGAGACACAUUCUGUUUCGAUGACCACGACGAAUUCCGAGGCGUGACCAACAAUAGCAUUGCUUUGAUUCCCUCUCUCGAAACCCCCACGAAGAGUCGGUACAUUCGCCACGAGGCCAAAGUCCCCGAAUUCGUCCCCUUCUCGAACAACGAGCUCGAUUUCUGCGAGGGCCACGAGAACAAGGUGCAGAACCGAAGGAUCGUGAACUGGGCCUUCGGAGGCCUCAUCCACGUGCCCGGUACACACGGCCGCGAAGGAUGGCUGUUUUACGAUCAAGUGGAAACGCACGGUGCAACGCCCGUGAAGCAGAAUGGGAUCGGACUCGCCAAGGCAAGAUCCAGUAGCACGGAUGAAGGAAUCGAGUGUGAGCGGGUGGGCUCGUUCCCGCUCUUCGAUGGCAACGGGCCUCUCUGGGGCAACAUUUCCAGCGUCGAUUCUCCUGACGGUUGGACCUAUCUAUUAUCGGGGAUUGGGUCUGAGAACGGCUUGGAUAACUACAUGGCCCGCAUCCGUACCGAUGCCGACUUCUCCAUCAAAUCAAACUAUAGCUAUCUGAUGAAAAGCGGUGAAUGGGCUCCAAGCUACAGCCCGCCAUACGGACCCUUUGGUGAACUAGCUCAUGGUGUGCUCGCGGGACAAGGACAAGGGGCCAUCGCUUUCAUCCCAGACCAUGCACCACAUGGCAAGCCGUUUCUCUGGAUCGGAUGUGAGAAGUUUCCCACGAGCCAGCUGUGCAUCGGGGUAGCAGCGCGACCCGAAGGACCGUGGGAAGUGCAUAAGGUCGGAGAGAUGCCAAAAUUCACCGCAGAUGCGAAAACGAGGUAUUGCAUCUACCCGCACAUCUGGGGGAGCGAUUUGGCGAACGGCAAGAUCUUGAUCACCUGGAGUGAUGAUGGAACAAUGGGUGGGAAAGUGAUAGCUGGAAUAUUUACCUUUGCUGUCGUUUGA